AUGAGUCCUUUCAACUCGACGAGUGGUUUCAACUCGAGCAUCAUUACCAAUGCUACGAAUGCUUUCCCACAAGCAUCUCCAGGCCACUCGACAAAUCAUGCAUUGCCUCUGCCACCGCGUCUUACGCCUGCAUUCGGUCUAGCUGGUGCCUUGCUCAUAAUGACCAGCAUCCCAUACGCCCUCGCCAGCAUCAGAUAUGGAAGGCUUUACAUGUCCAUCAGUUGUACAUACCUCGUCUGCAUUGGUAUCACCGUAAUAAUACUCUUUACAACAAAGCACCUGGACGCAGGCAUUAGCGACCGUGCUCAGGGCGGAUAUCUGGUCGCCGCCGUCUUGCCUGCCAUCAUUGUGGGCGGUCUCUUGCAGUGGUUCGUCGGAUGGCUGGCGAGACGUGCUGGUUGCGUCUUGGGAGGCUUCUGCAUGGCCAUGUGGAUCGAAACGCUGUGCCCAGGAGGUGUCAUCAAAACGUCUUCCAUGACCGCCCUCUUGAUCGGUGCCAUGUGUGCUGUUUCUCUCACGCCCUCGAUUCCCAUGCUCAAGAAGUGGGCAGAUCCGGCCUACAUGACUUUCUCGGCUUUUUCUGGCAGCACGGCAUUUGUUCUAGGAAUCGAUUGCUACAGCCGUGCUGGCUUGAAGGAGUUCUGGGCUUACACAUGGCAUUUGCAUAGAGUCGAGCUCUUCGGCUUCGGAACCAAAACCUACCCUUUGACCCAUCUUAUCAUAGUUGAGAAUGUCCUGAUACCUGUCUUGUUUGUCGCCGCCCUGAUUAUCCAAUACAAGUUUUGGAAACCUCUCCGGGCUCGAAAGGAAGCAGAAGCCGCAAGAAUGGCUGCCCUCAGAGAGGACCAAGAAAAGCAAGCGCUUGAGAUUGGACGUACCUUCAGAAUGGCGGCCGACAGAGACCUCACAGCCUGGGAAGCGAGAAACAAGGAUCCGGAUCCGAAGAAACCAGAUGUCGAACAAAAGCCAGUGGAUCCACCAUCUUUUGCUUCGAGAGCUGGCCAAAAGAUCAACGGCGUGGCGGACUUUGUGCUAAACAAGUUGAAGCCCGAUCAUAAUGUCCUGUUGCCGAUAUCAAGUGACGCUCGACAUCAGCACCAUGACGAGAUAUCACCUCUCGGAGCACGCAAGACCAUCUCUCCAGCAGCAUUGAACACCUCGCAAACGAAGGGUCCGUUCGUCAUCAGUGAAGGCGUUCCUGAUUCAGAGGAGGUAGAGGCCCGAAUCCCUUCGUCCGUCAUUCCCAUUCUUGAGCGUCUUAUGGUCGAAAAUGGCAAGGCCCUCAAUGAGAAUGGUGAGGAGGUUGAGUAUACGUUGAGACCAACCUCGAAACGACCUCCGCCAAUUCUUCCAGCAAUGGAUUACGAAUGCGGCUCACCUUGGGAUGAGACCGAAGAUGCCAACAUGAGGUCCAUCAGCCCUUCACCGCCAGCCCUCGCAGCAAGGUUCAGUUUUCUGAACUCGGCUUCAGACUUGGUGGACACGACGGAACAGCCACGCGAUGUCGAAGAAUCACACGAGGAUGAGGGAAUGGUGCCUACUGUUAUCACACUGUCCGAAGAUGACCUGUCCGAAUGGGAGCAGCACAUCACCCGCACGCCCAACGUUGACGAGAGAAACGCAAAUAAAGAACACUCGACUCCCGAAGACCUGGAACCUUCAAAUGAGACGCUUCGAUACGCUCACCUCGGACCCGCGAGCGAAGUUUUCAAUAUUAACGAAGCCGUCGAGCCUUCUUCACGAAUCCCCAACUCCGAAGCUCAUGGACGAGCAGAAGUCAUGAGUAGGACGCAAGAGUGGAGCAAGAACUUGGUUGACGCAGAGCCGAAUCUACGAGCCUCAAGUGUGCGAUCGUACGAUGCAAAAGACGAGACGAUCUUGUGGAAGGACUUCGAGGGCACUUACGCAACAAAGGGCUCUGCUGAACGGUUGGAGGAAGACGACCUAGCUGCCUCACAGUCACAGCAGCAACAUGGUCUGUCACAAUCAAGCGCUCUCAAAAAGGAUAAAGGCAAGUCUAGAUGUACUUCGGACAUUGAGGAUAAUUCAGCCAUCCUACCUAUGCCGAUCAAAUCUGCACGGGUCAGCAAGCAUAAUCUCUCGUUGCCAGUGCUGGACACCGGAGUUACUCUUCUGGACACAGCUGCUGCACGAAGAGAGGUGCAGAAGAAGCAACGUUGUCUCUCAGUGAACUUCGCCGGGGAAAAUCAGGGUAUCGUUGCGAGAAGAUACUUCGGGUCUCAUGGCAAGCUUGCAGAAAGCAGCUCAGACCUUGUGGAGUCAACCGAUCUUGACGAAAUAACACUUUCGCAAGCACGAAAGACUCUGCACACACGAGCAGUGAGCAACAGCCAAGGCUCUUCGAUAUACUCUCACGGACCUUACACAUCGAGCAGCAUGAGUGGACAGUCACCCGCCGAUACGACAGCAAGAACCACGCCGGUUGUUUCUUCACCAGUCUAUGUAUCUCCAACAACGUCUCCAAGUGGGCCUUCACCUACUCAAAACUGUCCUCCUUUCGUUAUGGUCGCUCCACCACUACGAAAUCCCUAUCCCCUACCACCAUGUGAAUCUUUCCAGCCUUCGGCCCCUCCAUACUGGUAUUCAAAUGGAGCUUUCAGCCCCGGCCACAGCUUUGCUCCCGAUGGCAUAAACGAACAACCUGCCGUCAUCCCAGAAGACGCCGACUUCCGCCUGCCACAACGACGAUCAGCUCCCGGAGCAAAACCCACCUUGAUGGCUCGUGUGGAGUUUGACGAGCACUCGAGGCGAAAAGCAGCAGAGAGACAACUCCUAGAACAGAGGAGGGGCAUGGCUGCCGAAGCGGCCAAGGCCAAACAACGAGACAAACAACAACGUCGCAGGACGCUUGAGAUCGAGGGGAGAAUGAGAGCAGGACAACUGGACAAUGCACACGCGAAUCUCAUCAGCAAGAUGCAGAGACAAGCCAUGAGAAAUAUUGAGAAACAGAACAACAAGAACUACUGA